AGAAUCUCCUCCCUGCAAUGGGCUUCUGGCUGUGUUGAGAAUGUACAGACCCUGCUUCAGCAGACUCCAUGCGGAGAGCCGCAUUCCUAACCUGCAGUUCAAAGAUCAAUGGACACACACACAGUCUCUCACACAAGCAUAUUAUAUCUUCAUGUAGACUAGAAAAUAUGGGGCACCAAACAAAAAUACCAUUACAAAUCUUAUUCUCCCUAAUCCUUGAUGUUUAGCCCCAGCACCUAACCUUUAUUGAACUCCAACCGUAACCUAAAACUCUAACGCCUCAACCUAUCAACUAACUCCUAACCCCCAACUGUAAUUCAAACCGUAACCACAAUUGUAAUGUUUACCUUAUUCCUAAUUCUAAGCCUUUUUCCCUAAGGGGACUAAAAGACCCCACAAGGUAUAUUCUUUCUUGUUUUACUGUCAUUUUGGGUAUUUUUGGUCCACACAAGUAUAGUACAACAUUGAAACAUGCACACACACAUAAAAGCAAAAAUAUAAUAAAAGUGCAUGCGCAGGCACCCUCCCACAAGCCACUCCUUCAAAUAGCCACCCCAAAGCUCCAGAGAAUCUAAAGAAACAAAACAGCCUAAUGCAUUCGCUUCUCCAAGUCAGGGUACAUAUCUCUGCCCAAUAAUGAAAACACACACACUUUAUUUUAUGCCAAAAUAGUCAGAUUGUCCUUUACCCCUAUCUGUAAAACUAACUCUAACCAUAACCCUAAACCUUACCUUAAUACCAAAGCCCUAAAACUAAAUCUAAAACUCCUAAACCUAAUCAGUAAUCCCUAACCCUAAUUCUAACCCUAAACAUAAAUUAUAACUCAAACCCUAUCCCCUUAACUCUUAACCUAACUAUACUUUUGAGGACUUCAGAGUACAGCAUUACACACAUACCCACCCACACGCGCACGCACACACACACACACACGGCCUUAAUUGAAAAAGCUUUAAUUGAGCUUAACACAGCUUAGGUUAGCUGUGUUCAGAUCAAUUAAACAUCCUAUCAAACCAAAAGCCCUGUCGAUGUGGUUAAUAUGAUUUGAAGUUGCUUGAUGCUAUACCUCGCUGCAAAUGUACAAUAAACCAUAAAAACAUACAAGUGAAUUAGGGAUACAGAGGAUCUUAAAUGUUGGUGCUUUCACACCAAAAUAUAUCAUCAUGAUAAAAGGUCCUAUAUACCACUUCUAGGCUGGCCCCAUUUUUGUGUUUUGCACGGUUAGAAGAAAAGAUCUCAGUGACUCGCAACACAUUUAAAGGACCCUUUUAAAAAGGAUCUAUGCAGCAAUUUUUUUCAUAGAGUGUUUAUAAAAUCGGUCAAAGGAAGGGUCCACCCUCAUCUUAAGUAUUAAUCAUAUGAUCAGGGCCGGGUUUAGACAUAAGCAGUCGCAUAGGGCCCUGGACCACUAGGGGGCCUCCGAUCGCUGGGGCACCCCCGACCAAUAGGGACCCAAUUCAAAUAUGCAUUGCAUAUAUGUAGUGCCGGCUCUAGUGCCAAAAGACAUUUCCAGUCUGACUUGCAUCUGUCAUUGCAUAAUGUAAUGGGAUAAAACAUAAAUGUCUUUUAUAAAAUGUUGCGUCAUGAGACAUUUGCUGAAUCAUUUCUAAUAACACACAAAAGUAACCCAAAUGACAGGUUACUCUGGCUGUGCUUACGACUUAUUCAGAUCUGGGGCAAAGUAGCUGAUCUGAUUGGUUAUAAAAGACCAUGACUUUUUUCAAACAGAAACGUUAAAAAAAAGUGUUGCCCAAUAUAAUUAAGAAAUUUGGGAAGCCAUGUCGAAUAUUUCAUCAUAUUGUAACCACAAGGAAAUGAGGUUGCUCUUAGUGUUUCAGGUAGGAAGAAAUAAGGGGUUAUCGCUGUUCCUUGCGUUAGUAACCUUGGUUGUAUCUGUUGGUCAAGUGGCUUCGAUGAGAGUGUCUGGUAAAUGUAAAAAAUAUAAUUAGAUCUAAAUAUGAUUUUCACCUGUGGUUUAGGUGAACCUGGUGAGCUAGCUAGAAAAAACUGAAAGUCUGCAGCUUGAACACACACAGAUAUGUAAUAAAACGUGAUGAUGUCAUGCGCGUUCUCUGGCACAUGACAGUUGACUGUAAAUAGGUUAACCAAGUUCCUCAACAACAACAAACCCUUGUCUGCUAUUUUGAGGUCAACAAAGUCAGAGGAAGUCAGCCAGGCAGAUUGGAAAGAAGAAUAUGAAACUCAAGUAAAAAAAAGCUCUGCCAUACGCCUGGUGUGUUGGCCAUCAGACCCCCUUUGUCUAAUGGCGGUGUCCGGGUUAAAUCCCUAGUGCUGGAAGGCAGGCCUGGGGUCAGGGCUUAGUUAGAGAAGGGGGUGAGCAGGCAGCUGCAUUCUUUUUAAAAGUGUGUGUGUGUGUGUGAAGGAUAGAGAGAGCCAGAGAGAGAGAGAGAGAGAUCUCCAGUGUAGCUCCCUCCACAGCCCACUCUCUGCUCUUUGACUCCAAUGGCCUUAUAAGGCACGGAGUGCCAUGGCAACCAGAGGGCUUGAAUAGCAGUGUCAAAUCCCUGAGCACACAGACACACACUCACUCACUGGGCAAAAGGAGGGAGGGAGAGAGGCAGUGAGAAAGAAGAGCAGCAGAAGAGCCAUUAGGCUGCUCCCUACAGAAGCAGCUAGCUUUGGCUAUCGUCUAUGACUAUGUUUUUCCUACGUUGGUUUGCCUAAUUUAUUCGAGCCGGAGCCAGGGGAGAGGAGGAAGAAGGGGAGAAAACAAUAAAUAACUGCAAUUGUACACCGUGACUCCGCUUACGGGAAUGCAGAGAGGCCCGAAGUCAUUACUGCUGGAUGGACAAGCACUGACAAAACAAGAGAGGGAGACAGAGAAAGAGAGAGAAGAGAGAGGGACAAGGGGAGGAUUGAUAAGAGGAUUCUAAAGACUAAUAGACAGAGGGUUUCCCUCCUUUUUAAAACUCUGUUUUCACUUUUUUUUUCCUGGUCGUUUGAACUCUUGAAGCCACAUCUCUGGGAUCAGGAGAGGAACAAGAAACAGACGCUGUUUCACAACAAGCUACAGAGACACGAAAAGAGCAAGAGAAGGGACGUCACUGCACUUUGAACUUUUACAGACUAGCGGGACCUGAGGGAGCUGUGCCUGUUUAUCAUUUGGGGUUAAAAUAGAGAGCAUUUACAUUCAGUCUCAUCGUUCUCUGGAAUUGCCAUCUGAGUAUUAUCUGUCUGUGGGGAUAGUGUAUUUCUGCAAAGAUAGUGAAAGCAAAAAUGCUGUUUAUAAAAGUUUGGGGAUGUGAGUAUGAGUAUGCUGUGAACACAACAGUCUUAUUUUAGUAGUUCAGCUUUUAGAGAAAGAUCAAAGGCUAACUAACUGGACCAUUUGGGUUGAACGACAACAUUCCAUUUUUCAAGAUUCUCUAAACAUCUUCUUGAGUUGUCUACCGUUAUUAGUAUUUGUGUUUCUAACCGUGAGGUUAAAAAGAGUUGCAACCUGUCAGGUUGAUAGAUUACACUGUCUACACACAGCCCAGAACUGGUCCAACUAGUUUGUAAGUAGGGUAAAGUAGGUUGGGCAUUUUGAAGGAGAGUGGUGCUUUUCUUCCUGCUCUGCUACUCAAGGGAGAAAUGUGUCUGGUGUGAGGAGAGGACAGAAAAGUGAAGAGGUAUUUCUCUUCCGAGGGGCUCUCUUUAACCCCUCACAGACCCUCCGCCACCAAGCAGAAGAGUUGGUGUUUUUUCUGAGAGAGAGAGAGCGAUUCUGAGCCUCUAAGUGUAAUUUAUUGUUUCCUGUGAAAGGGUAGGCUGCACCCUUUUCUCUCUUCUGAACUCUGAACCACUCGUUGUGUCAGAACUUUCAGGAGGUGUCAUUGACUUAGGGUAACAGAAAAACCGAGGAUUGAAUGAGAAGAAAAGGAGAGAUCAGAGGACAGUGUCACGGUAGGGAAAAAGCAGCAAUAAGAACCUUUGGUUCAUUUGGCAGAGACGAAUAAAUCAGCUAAUUUUGCUGGAAGCUCACUUAAAACCAACAACACUUUAGCAUGGUUGGUAACUAAAUUAUCAUAGCUGAGGAUUUUCAGAGAAUACAGCUGAUCACUCGGUGAGUAACCAGAGUGUGUAAGAGAACGUGAGCGUGUGUGUGUCAACUGUGUGGCUCAGAUAUGGCCAUGGUGAGCGGGGGAUGGGGCAACCCAAACGGGGAAACCAAUGGACUCGGGGGGGAGAAAGCUUACCUGCGAGGGGACGAGGAGGAGGGAUCUCCCCAGGCCGCCAGUGACGUGGAGGUGGGAGAUGAGGACAAGGUGUGCGUGGUGGACUGUGUGGUUUGUGGGGACAAAUCCAGUGGGAAACACUAUGGCGUGUUCACCUGCGAGGGCUGUAAGAGUUUCUUCAAGAGGAGCAUCAGAAGGAAUCUCAACUACUCCUGCAGGUCGAAUCGAGAAUGCCAAAUAGACCAGCAUCACCGCAACCAGUGCCAAUACUGUCGACUAAAGAAAUGCUUUCGUGUUGGCAUGCGCAAAGAAGUCCAGCGUGGACGCAUUCCUCCAUCCCAUUCAGGCAUCAGUCCAACUUCUCUGGUUGGUGGAGGUGGUUCUACCGGAGCUGGCCCAGUAGGAAGUGACUUCUUUAAUGGCCAGCCGGUGUCGGAGCUCAUUUCCCAGCUGCUGCGCGCCGAGCCCUACCCCAGCAGCCGCUAUGGCCCCCAGUACGGCCAGCAGCAGAUGCAGAGUGCCGGAGGAGGCUCUGUCAUGGGCAUCGACAACAUCUGCGAGAUGGCGGCACGUCUCCUCUUCAGCACCAUCGAGUGGGCCAGGAACAUCCCCUACUUCCCCGAGCUGCCCGUCUCAGAGCAGGUGGCUCUGUUGAGGCUGAGCUGGAGUGAGCUGUUUAUUCUGAAUGCGGCCCAAUCCGCCCUGCCUCUACACAUGGCUCCUCUGCUGGCCGCGGCCGGCUUCCACUCAUCGCCCAUGUCGGCGGAGAGGGUGGUGUCUUUCAUGGACCAGGUUAGGGUGUUCCAGGACCAGGUGGAUAAGCUGACUCGGCUUCAGGUGGACUCUGCAGAGUACAGCUGCCUCAAGGCCAUUGCCCUCUUCUCUCCAGACGCCUGCGGUUUGACCGAUCCGGUCCACGUGGAGUCUCUGCAGGAGAAGGCCCAGGUGGCUCUGACGGAGUACGAGAGGAUGCAGUACCCGGGUCAGCCACAGCGCUUCGGCCGCCUGCUCCUCCGCCUGCCCGCCCUCAGGGCCGUGCCCGCUAACCUCAUCUCCCAGCUGUUCUUUAUGCGCCUGGUGGGCAAGACACCCAUCGAGACCCUCAUCAGGGACAUGCAGCUGUCCGGGAGCUCCAUCAGCUGGCCGUACGUCCCCGGCCAGUGAGGAAGAGGGUCUGGGACACACAGCAACCUAGAACAGGAUCCUAGAACAGGAUCCUAGAACAGGAUCCUAGAAAAGGAGCCUAGAAAAGGAGCCUAGAACAGGAGCCUAGCUGGAAAACAGAAUGAGAUGGAGGGGGAUUAGCCAGUGAUGUCGUACCUUUGUAAAUUAAGGAUGUAUCAUACGAGUACUAUAGUGAUACACAAACACAUGAAAAUACCAGUUAAUGGACCCGGAACAAAACUACUCCAACAGUUUAGCUGUUUCGCUGUUUUCUAAAGGAAAUCAUACAUUCGACUCUGUGUACACUUCCUGGUCUGGAUUAUGACCUUGGUGUAGUCCUUCUCUACCUCUUUCUUGGCCCAGAACAGGGCUCCAAAACACAGACUAUAACUUAAGGCCUCAUGCCACUGCUACCUCCUUCCUCACAGCCCCCGUUGUGACUCUGUCUUACCCCAGGCUCUGGGUGCCCCCCCCCCCCCCCGGGUCCCGUCAUGCCCCGUCAGUCUCACGGGACCCAAUUCCCCGUAGCUUCAGCGCAUAGGGCUCUGGUCGAAAACAGUGCACUAAACGACGACUAGGGUGUUGAGACAUCUGUAGGGAUUGGAUAGCACAGCCAUGCCACGUACUUCCACUGUACGCUGGUCUUUUCCGAGCCCUCUAUUUAUGUAAGUGGUUGGGUAUUGAUUAACAAGAAUGUUGAGCUUACGGUAUUGAAUGUAGCGUAUACUUUAUGCAUAAGUAGUACUGUUAGUCUUUGAAUGCUAUGCAAAUAGAGGGCUCUGGACAUCUAAAUCAGAUAUUUAGUGAUAGCAUACAUUAAUUGCCACUGUACAAAUGGUGCCAAACACAGGGAAAAUCUAGCAGAGGUGAAUGUACGAUUGAUAGCCCUCAAACACAUCCUGAGCCACCCUUCUCAUACAUUAUUACCUCAAGUUGUAUACCAAUGACAGAGAUUGUAUAGAUUACCUGAUCAUUGAACGCGUGUUUAAACCGACCUGAUAAACCUCUGUGAUGUUAUACUACAGAUGACAAAUACAAAGGGAUCAAAGCAUCGUAGACAUCAGCAAAUGGUUCCCAUGGGUUCCUAUGAAUAAAAAAAGUGACUACGUGAUUGUGUCAAUGCUAUCAAGGUACGAAAUUAUUAUUUUCAAAUAUACUUUUUUGGGGCUUUGUUCUGGUCAAUUUGCAUUGUACAAAUUAUUAAUAGAUUAUUAAAAAGAAAUUGUACAAUGCAAAUUGAUGAAUUUUUUGCCCUGGGCUAAGGAUAUUAUUUUUGGAUUAGGCAUUUAAUGUGAUUGUCUUACAAUGUAACGUAUUGACCCCUUUGAGAACUUAAGGGCAUGCUUUGUAUAUAAGGUUAUGUGCAUAACACACACUGAGCAAUACUGCCAUGGACUGCAAUAUGAUGUGACAAUGCAUUUUCUGCCAAAUUACUUACAGUACUUGAAAGAGCAAGGUUUUGAGGAGUUAUAAAGGUGUUGCUGAAGCAUUUUCUAUUUCCCAUUUUUAAUUGUGUAUAAAACACAGGUGUUGGCAAGAGAGCUCAGAGCUGACAUCUAAAAUCAAAGUAAUUUGUUUCACUCCGAUUGGAUUUUGACUUGAUUGUGUAGUUUUGCAUUAAUAUUGUGUUUUGAUGACCAUGUCAACCCAAAGUGUAAAGAAAAUGUAUAUUGCUGACCAUGGUUAUUUUUGCAUUACUAGAAAUAAAAGUAUGAGUAGACCUGA